CCCACUCUUUUCAUUCAGUGACCUUACACUGUCUUCAUCCAGUGACCUUCCACUCUCUUCAUUCAGUGACCUUCCACUCUUUUCAUUCAGUGACCUUACACUGUCUUCAUUCAGUGGCCUUUCACUCUAUUCAUUCAGUGACCUUUCACUCUCUUCAUUCAGUGACCUUCCACUCUUUUCAUUCAGUGACCUUCCACUAUCUUCAUUCAGUGACCUUCCACUCUCUUCAAUCAGUGACCUUCCACUUUCUUCAUUCAGUGGCCUUUCACUUUCUUCAUUCAGCGACCUUCCACUCUCUUCAUUCAGCGACCUUCUACUCUUUUCAUUCAGCGACCUUCCACUCUCUUCAUUCAGUGACCUUCUACUCUCUUUAUUCAGUGACCUUCCACUCUUUCCAUUCAGCGACCUUCCACUCUCUUCAUUCAGCGACCUUCCACUCUCUUCAUUCAGCGACCUUCCACUCUCUUCAUUCAGUGACCUUUCACUCUUUUCAUUCAGUGACCUUUCACUCUCUUCAUGCAGUGACCUUCCACUCUUUUCAUUCACUGACCUUCCACUCUCUUCAUUCAGCGACCUUCCACUCUCCGACCUUCCACUCUGUUUAUUCAGUGACCUUCCACUCUCUUUAUUCAGUGACUUUCCACUCUCGUCAUUCAGUGACCUUCCACUCUCUUUAUUCAGUGACCUUCCACUCUCUUUAUUCAGUGACCUUCCACUCUCUUUAUUCAGUGACCUUCCACUCUCUUUAUUCAGUGACCUUCCACUCUCUUUAUUCAGUGACCUUCCACUCUCUGACCUUCUAUUCUAUCCAUUCAGCGACCUUCCACUCUCUUUAUUCAGUGACCUUCUACUCUCUUUAUUCAGUGACCUUCCACUCUCUUUAUUCAGCGACCUUCCACUCUCUUUAUUCAGUGACCUUCCACUCUCUUUAUUCAGUGACUUUCCACUCUCGUCAUUCAGUGACCUUCCACUCUCUUUAUUCAGUGACCUUCCACUCUCUUUAUUCAGUGACCUUCCACUCUCUUUAUUCAGUGACCUUCCACUCUCUUUAUUCAGUGACCUUCCUCUCUCUUUAUUCAGUGACCUUCCACUCUCGUCAUUCAGUGACCUAUUCUAUUCAUUCAGUGACCUUCCACUCUCUUUAUUCAGUGACCUUCCACUCUCUUUAUUCAUUGACCUUCCACUCUCGUCAUUCAGUGACCUUCCACUCUCUUUAA